GCCUCCGGGUCGCUGCCAUCGUGGGACAGGACGUCGUGCUGCGCUGCCACUUGUCCCCUUGCAAGGAUGCUUGGAGCUCAGACAUCAGAUGGAUCCAGCACCGGUCCUCUGGCCUUGUGCACCACUACCAAAAUGGGGUGGACCUGGAGCAGAUGGAGGAGUAUAAAGAGAGGACAGAACUGCUCAGGAAUGGGCUCUCUGAUGGAAACCUGGAUCUGCGCAUCACUGCUGUGAGAUCCUCUGAUAGUGGCUCCUACAGCUGUGCUGUGCAAGAUGGUGAUAACCAUGGAGAAGCUGUGGUGAACCUGGAGGUGUCAGAUCCCUUUUCUGAGAUUGUCCAUCCCUGGAAGGUGGCUCUGGCUGUGGUCAUCACACUUCUGCUUGGGUCAUUUGCUGUCGUCAUUGUUUUUCUCCAUAGAAAGCGAGGUGAGCUGGGAGCAGAAGGGAUGGAGCGCAGGGAGGUGUUGUGCAGGGACAGGGAUGGUCGAGGCGAUGCUGUGUAGCAUGGAGGUACACAGGAGGAGGAAGGGAGAUUUUUCCUGGGAUUCCCAUCAUGCUUGUUAAAUAAUGUUUGCCU